CUUCAGAGUGCCGGAUUCUUCAGUCGCAUCGAAGUACUCGUGGAGCGUGCGUCGCGUGGUGCAUGCAUGCAUGCUUGCGUGCGGGUUAAACGUGCGUGCAUGUGUGUGCUUAUUAUUGUGGUGUACCCGAGGUGGUCGCGUGUGUAUGUGUGCGAAUCGUAACACGGUGUCGCGCGGUCUCGACGGUGCAUGUCGUGAUUACAUACCGCCGCGUAUAUAACCAUCGCCGUCGUCCGUCCAUCGCACCAAAUGCGCGUCUCGUGCUCAUCGAGAUCUCGCAGUAACACCCGUGCUCGUUGCCGUGCUGUCUGACAGGAGCGCGGCCGAUUCAAAGAAAGAACGUAAGAAGGAGGAAAAGGGGGCAGAAAUCGUCCGCGUCUCGUCCCGCGGUUGACGACUCUUCGAACGUUCGUGCCGAAUACGCGACGACGACGAACGCGGAUGAGGGGGAGGAGGAAUUGAAUCGUCUCGUUGCUCCGUCUCGUUUCCUCUCUUCCUCUUCGCGACGCUCUCGAGCACGAUUUCCGUGGAACUUAACCACCGCGCCGGUACCCGCUCGCACGAGUUUUCUUCGCGUGGGUUUCCCUUUUAUUUCCCUCUCGGUUUUUCGUCACUGUCCGCCGCCUGUAAAAAUGAAGAUGAUCCAGAGCCGUCGCCGUGCCGUUCUCGCGCCUGUGUCGAUCGUGAUAUUGUUGUGCGGGUGCACCGGUCUCGUGUCAUCCCGCUCACCACGUUUCGCCGAACAUCCGAAGAACGAGACCGACUUUACCGCAACCGAUUGUGAACUUGUCAAGCCGUUCUUCCAGAGCAAAAACACCACGAUUUCGGUUAAGGAGAUUGCCGCGGAUGACAUCGCCAAAACGACGUGCAAUGGAAUCUGUUGCAACCGAGAGACCGAGGAACAGUUGAGACAUCAAGCCAGGGCAGAUUUUCACGGGUUGAUUCAUCAUCACAGCAGAAGUUUGCAGGGUCUAUUAGCUACGACGGCUGAUGCCUUAAGGGAAACUGUUACGAUGCUCGCGAGACAGUCCGAGAAUAAAACGUUGACCCUGUUCGAGCAAGUGUACCGGUCGAUGGCGGUGUCGAGCCGUCCCUCGAUAAGAGCGUUGUACCAGGCGAUGAUUGACUAUGUCUCGCCCGGCAACACGCCGGAUACGUUGCAGCAACCCCUGACCCGCGACAUGCUCCAGGAACGUUUCAUCGAGUUCUUUACGAAAUUGUUCCCGAUCGCGUACCACAACGCGGUGAACCCGAAGCAAUACGAGCAAGAUUUCACGGACAAGUUCAAGACCUGUCUGUACGAGACGAUGGACGAGAUCCAACCGUUCGGCGAUAUACCUAAACAGGUGGCGAAGUCGGUUAGCAAGAGCCUGGAGGCGACGCGGGUGCUCGUCCAGGCGUUGACUCUCGGCAAAACGGUUUUGGAUAGGACCGACAGCGUGCUGUUUUCCGGUACCAGCCCGCAGCAGGAGACCUGCCACGGGGCGCUCCUCAGGAUGACCUAUUGUCCCAGGUGUAAGGGCAUCGGUCCCUCCGUCAGGCCCUGCGGCGGAUUCUGCACUAAUGUCAUGAGGGGUUGCUUGACGGAGCCGGCGUCGCAGCUGGACCUCGCCUGGUCUGGCUACGUGGAAACGGUCGAGAGGCUCGUCGUGGCGGUCGACGGACGUAACGACCCGUUGGGCCUGAACGCCGAGAGGGCUGUCAGGCAGUUGGACAACCGCAUUUCGGACGCCAUUAUGCACGCGAUGGAGAACGGGCCGGCACUCGAGGAAAAGGUGAGGAAGGUGUGCGGUCGUACGGAGCUGCGGCCGUCGUCGGACGUGGAAGAGGAGAAGAAGACGGAGGAGCAAAGUAAGAAGUGGAGCUUCGCAGAGGACGCAGCUGGGACGCAGGAGAAAUCAUCGUCUGGUGUCGUUCCCGGGCCGGUGACGCACGCAGCUGACCAUCGGACGUCGCCGACGCAGUUGCACGUGCAGCUGGGCAAUUUCUUGGCCAGUGUCGGUAGAUCCCGGACCUUCUACGGCACCCUGGCCGACACGAUAUGCGAGGAGUACCCGGACAAACGGUGCUGGAACGGCGAACGCAUCGGCGAAUACACGAAGACGGUGGUGGACUCGAGCCUGAUGGCGCAGAGGUAUAACCCCGAGUUCACCAUAACGACAAUGUCACCGACGACAGCUUCCUACGGCAAUGCGAACACCAGCGAGCUCAUUGAUCAAUUGAGGCACAUUAAUCAGAUCUUGCAGACUCAGUUGGCAUCGGCACCCGACAGCGGAGUGCUUCUCGCCGAUGAGGCCUUGGACGGUUCGGGAAGCGGUGACAGACCGAUCUGGAGGAAGAGAGGCAAAGGGGAAGUCGACAACGACGAUGAGGACGUCCACGGUUACGACCACGACGACGAAGAAGCCUCUGGUUCAGGAAUGGGUCCAACUACACUAGAUCCGCUACAAAAGACGAUACAUGAGGACCCGAACAAGUCGGGCGCAUCGACCGUUCUCCUGUCGUCGAUCCUAGUAGCGAUCGCCUGCGCGCCGUUGAUCGCUUAAAAGAGUCGGGCUGAGUCGAAGUCGGAUCGCGAGACGCAAAGCGGGUCGGAGUGUACGGAUUCGACGUGUUACCAGCCCGCAACACUAGACAGAGUAGAGAAACGAUUCGUUUGAUUCGGUGUCCGCGUCGGGGAACAGGAUGAUCCUCCUCGAUACGAAGGAAGGGAUCUGACGUUCCAGAUGCUGCUUCUCGCGCACUGCUAGGUAUUUAACGCUGUUACUGCGAGAAGAUCUUUCGGUUAACCACCGGCCGAAGUUUGUUUCGAUUUAUAAGUGUCGAUCGAACGAAGACUGUCGUGUAGAGAAGAAGGAAUUCGAGAAUUGGUUACGCGUUCGAGAAUCUUUUUUGGCUCGUUCGCCGAUCGAAUAGUGCGGGAUCCACGGCCCGUAGGCUUAGAUCCGAGAGUGUGAUGAAAAGGAUCGUCGAGUCCUUCGUCGAGAACAGGUGACGUCCCGUUUUCGACGAUCUCCUCGAAAGAUCCCAGCAGGACCGGAGCAUUAGUCUUUAGGAAGGAAACGACUGUUUCGAAGGACUUCGAAUACUCGGACGACUGGAGGAAUGACGGAGGAGACUCGGUUGCACAUGUUAACCAAUGUGUUCGGAGUACGUUUAGGAAAAGUGGAACUGUCCAGGGGAAAAUGAUAAAGUAUACAAAAAUUGAUCGUUGUUCCUUUAACAUACCAACGAAUUGUAUACUGAGAUAACUGUACUGCGAUACUUCGAACGAUAUUUCUAUAAAAAAAAAUCCUUGGAACAAUAAUCACGAAACGUUUGUUAUUUCGUAAUGACGGAAUUGAAUAAAAUCGAAGGAAGAAAGAGGUGUUCAAAUUGCUCGCACAAAUGUGAUCGAUAAAACGUUGCUAUUAUAUAUAAAAGUAUGAAUAAAGACUUUUGGAGAAACGUUAAGCAAUUUGAAACGCAUAUACGUAAAAGUUUUAAUAUUCAAGAGAUUCAAGAAGCAAAUAUGGAAAGAAGCUCAAGCAAUAAUUGUCAUCGUUACUACGCACAUUUCGCUCUUACUGAACCGAGACAUUGCCAUGCGUUUUUAUAUCGCUGAAACAAAGUAUCUUUCCGUUUUGAAAGUAUCACGGAAACAACGCGGACAAGCAAACAACGUGACUCCGACGAUAUUAAAUUUGUGCCUCGUACGUACACCAUCGCAGCUGCGAAUCUCUCACUUCUCAUCGGCUCGCGUCGAUACCACAGACUAAUCACGGGAUUCAAUAUUCCCGUCGGUGAUGUCGCGCGCGUGACGUGCACGCAUCAAAGCUAACUGCCAGAACGCCAGUUAACAGUCAGCUUAGUCUCGCUUAGUCUCGAAUCCCGCGAGUAUCCGUUGCCUUCCGCUUUUCACCCGUGGCAACGCUCCCAAAACGAGAGAGAUGUUCAUCCAUCGUCGUCCCAGCGAGACAUCGAUAUUUCCUUCGCGAUUUCCAGUCAUCCGUCGCAAAACCCGUCGUAUCUCCGCCCUGCGGGAAAGGACGAAGUGGUCGGAAGAUCGACGUCAGUCGUUUUUCGAUUUCUUGUUUUCUUUUCUUUUUUUAUAAUAAAUUGUCGAGUAGGAUACUCACGAAGCGCUUGGUACGUUACGGACACUAUCGCGUAGAAUUGUAUAAGAGAUGGUCCGAACGUAUCAGGCGCUCUCUUCUUGGACGUCUAAUCGUUGAAUAGAAGCUUAGGACCCGGUGACGAAUUCUUGAAAAUCGAUAGAAAAGCAUAGGCUCGCUUUUGCUAAAUUUUUUUACGAUCAAUUAACCAGUGCCAUAAUUUUAUCAUCUCGUCGUAACAGUAGAGGGUAGAAAAUAAUUGACAAUUUUUUUUAUCUUAAUCAAACUCGGCUUAUCGCUUUUCGUUGGUCCUGUUCACGUUACAUGAAUAUAUUUGUUAGAUUGGUGCGUAUGAAAUAUUACACACGCAGUUCCUAAGAGAAGCGACAUUUAAAAAUUGGUUACAAAGUUUGUCAUUUCAAAUUUUAAGAAAUAAACAUCAAUCGUUCUAAUGUUUUUUUCAAGAGUUGAUAUAUCGUUCGAACAAAUUGAAAUCUAAGAGUCGACGAUAUUUCUUAUGCAUCAAAGCUAACAGACAUCAUCAAGUGCCAAAAUGAACUAAAUUAAUCGAAAGUGGAACGGGAAGCGAGAACAAGUUCCUCGACGCGUCCAACGCUUUAGACGUCUAAGGCUUCGAAGCGAGCCUCGAUUUCGAGGCGGUUCGCUUUAACAGAUUAAAUGAAAAUUGAAAAAUUUGAAAAAAAAAAAAGAACGACUUAGGCUAGCGUAAGAAAGUAAUUAGGGGCAGGAGCCGGUCGGUGCAACCUCGUAUGCGGCCGCACUGAUUUUGUACAUUUGAUUUAUCGACGUAUAUUCGAGGGUUAGUGCCUUUUCGGAAUAUCCCUGGCCGCGACAUCGUCGCGUCACCAUUUCACGCCCGACAGAACGAACGAGAAUGGGAGACCAUCGACAUGUAUGUAAUAAAAUAAAUGACUGUACAGGGCAUUCAUUGCUGAAGAGGAAGAACGGUGUUGUAUGCGCGUACGACCUUCCUUCUUUCCCUCCUUCCUCUCAAACAGGAACGGAACAGCUUUCGAUUAAAACAGCCCUUGUUCAACCCAACGCCGAAACGCCCCCGCGUUUGUCUCAGGGUGAGAUGUGAUUUCAUCUCGAGACUCGAUGAAUGUUCGCCAAGUUACGGAUUGGGUCCAGACUGUGUCUAAACGCGAACUUUGUAACGAUAACAGACUUUUGGACCGAGAGGUCUCUUUUUUAUCCGCUCUGGAAGCGCAACUCUCUAUUAAUAAGAUUAACAAUUGUUGUUAUAUAAACAAUAGGAGAUACGCUGCUGAAACUAGUCCAUCGACCAGUUACAGAUAAGAUUAAGCUAUACGUUUGUCGCAGUAAAAUUUCUCGACGAGAGGCGUUAAUAAAAUAUCUCUUGGCGCCUCUUCGGAUUAAUAACAACAAAAUUAUCGAUUACCUAACGGAAAGGCAGAAGACUCAAUGUUAAUUCAACGAAUACGACUGCCAAAUUCGAAAUAUUUCUAAAACGUGGGAUCGACUAGAUAAAUUCGACAGACACUGCCCGGGUGUUGAUGUUUUAUAUUCGACUUUUUUCCCAUUACGAAAGUCGCAGAUUAUAUAGUCUAAUAACAAUUAUGUACGUUGAAAGUGUAACGUUGUUAAACGAAAUUUGAACAAUUUAAAUAAACAUGCGUAUUGCGUAAGGUGGAAUAUUUCAGAUCGGCACUCGUCGCCGGUACCACAGCUCCGUGACCUCUCUAAUCGCUGGAGACGUUGAUUCAAGUGUCCCCCGCGCUUAACACGGAUUAUGCAUGCGGAGCCAAAGGAGGAAGCGACCUCGCUUUCGCUCCACGUUCAGAACUCGAUCAUCUAUUUAUAAUGCUCUUUGUUGUACAUUUUUUGUGGUGCUACGUUUAAUAAAAUGCCGAGUAAAUAAAAGUGAUAUAUUUAAACAAAA